UUACAAUCAGUUCUGUUACAGUUUUUGGCUGUUAAACAUAACUUUUUAUUUGAGAAAAUAAAAAGAGAGAAUUAUAAAAUAUUUUCCUUCGCUUCGCACCUUAUUUUAUUUUAAUAGCAAGCUUCCAACCCAAGUUGCAAACGUGUGUCUUCUGUCUCGUGACGAUCUUGUAUUCAAUUAAAAAUUUGAUAAUCCAUUCAAAACGUGAUCGAUUUAAGAAAAUAUAGUGAGAAAAUUUUCAAAAAUCAAAUAACUUUUUCGAUCGUUUUUAAACAUCGAUUAGAACAUUUCCCCCUCAACUUAUAUAAAAAAGAGUGUCAUUAAAAAAAAGAAAACAGUGCUUCUAUUCAGCAGUCAAAUUUAAAAAAAUUAUCUAAAUCAUUUGAAAAAUUUGUAUUUAAAAAAAAACACUAAAAAUUUACCAACGUUUCAAAAACAGCGAAUGUGCAAUUUGUUUUUUCGAUCUUUCCGUUCGAGUUUUGACGAAAUAAAAUUUUUCCGUAAAAUUUUUAAUAAAAUUUAAGCAAAAUUCCACCCAUACGAGGCGAGAGUUUUUCUGUUUCCACAACGGAAGCAUUUAAAGGACCUAUGUCAAUAUUAAGUGAUUUAGUCCUAAAUUUCAAUCGAAACGAUAUAUACGCAAGGACAACAAAUUUACAUGCGAAUUGUAAUUCGUUUAUAACAUAACAGUUAUUAAAAAAGUUUUUUUUUUAAACAAAACAAACCAACCAACAAAAUCCCAAUUCAAGAGUUUGAAUUUGAAUAAAAUCAAAAAAUCAGAAAAAGAGAAGAAAACAAGAAAAUUCAAUUAAAACAAAAAAAUUUUGAUUGAUUUUUUUAUCGCCACCGUUAAAUAAUCAUCAUCAUUUUCGGAAGAAAAAAAUUAAAAAGAAAGAAAAUUAUUAUUUUGAAAUAAAAGAAAAAAAAUCUUGUGAUUUUAAAUUUACUAAAACAAAAUCAAAAUUCGACGAUUUUAUAAACUUCAGAGAGCAAAGAAAAAAAUGAUACUGAAAAUGAAUAAACCCGUGUUAAUAAUAGCGCUGCUAAUUUGUGGGGCUUUAGAUGCCCAAAGCCGAGCAAUCGAUGACCUAGACAACAAUUCGAUUGAAGAUGAAAGGCCAAGGCCACGCAAUCCGGCACCGGAUGGCUUUAGGAAGGUUAGCAUGCCACCACCGGAAAUAAUGCAAAAGCUUGGCACACCGGUUGAGAUAGUGUGUGAAAUUGGCGGUUCACCGGCUCCAACGAUACAAUGGGUUGCCGGGCAUGAGUCAUUGCCUGAAAUGGACAGUUUCGAGAUGAAUACGUUGAUUGAAUCAAGUCCCAGUGAGAUUGUUAAUGUGCGAUCGGUGCAUGUUAUCGAUCAUAUUUUGAGCGAACCGAAAGUCUUCACCUGUGUUGGCAGAUCCGGAUCGAAGAUUGUUUAUGGCUCGACCACCGUGUAUCCCCCAACGGAGUCCAAGGAAUUGAUCCACUUCGGAAACAAGGCUUUGGCUAGGCCCAGGAAACCCAUCAUCACUUUCAAUCAUGUGACGCAUAUCGAUUUCAUUGGAACAAAUGUUGUUCUGCCAUGUAAAGCCUAUGCAAGGCCACAUGCUGAGCUCUUCUGGAUGGGCAAGGAAGGCCUGAUUACCGAGCAGAGUAACCGAUUCAAGAUUCUUGAUUCUGGAGAACUAUUAAUAUCUAACCUCAAAUGGGAGGAUAUGGGAACAUACAAGUGUGUAGCUCGAAAUUCCGUGGGUAAAGCUGUAGCGGAGACGUUCGUCUAUCCAUUACUUAGGGAUUAAGAAUGAAAAUUUAAUUCAAAGCAACAAUGAGAGCUAUCUAUUUGAAAAACAAAACAAACAAAAAAAUAAGCCAUCUUUAUAUAAGAGCCAGUUCUACUUAAAGCGUUUUAUUCUUCGGAACUUAUGCUGACACUAACUUUUUUGAAGAGAGCGACUUUUUAGUUUGAGAGCACUACUAUAUCCCAACAAUUACCUUCUACUACAUUUGUACUACCUACCUACUACUAUUUUAUAUUUAUAAACCAAAAACAAAAACAAAAACCAAUCAUAUUUUGUGAGUGUCUUAGUCUUAAGUCAGAUUAUUAAUUUUUUUAUGAAUUAAUUUAACUAGAAGAAUCUCUAGAAAAUAGUAUUUAUUUUUGUUUUUCUUUUGUUUCUAAAUCAAAAAUUUAUUUCAGCGCAUUUAUGUUCUGAUUUUUAAAAAGAAGAAGAAAAUGAAAGAAAAAAAAACAAAAAUUAUCUUUAUUGUUGUUUGUGUAUUUCUGUAUGUGCGUACAAAUCAGUUAAUUUAUUCACCGCAUCAACGGCCAAGAUCUACUUAAUAGUUUUAUAAAAUGAAAAAGAAAAAACAAAAUAUUAUAAACAUUAUAUUGUUGUAAUACAUACCUACCUACAUUAAAUGCAUUUGUUAUUGUUUAUAAUUA